UGGGCGAAGGGUUGGACGACGUCGUGUCGGGUUAUUCCUUCAUCUCCCUCCAAUCUGCAUCCCUCAAAAGCGAAAACCCUCUUUCAUAAUGCUAUCUCUUUCCCUUUCCUUGCCCAAUCCUCGCUAUUGCCUUUCAAACCCCUUCUCUCUAUCAACCAACAACCCCCGUCUUCAUGUAUUCACCAACGACCAAUAUGCCGGAUUUGGAAUCACUUUGCCGGAGGAACCGAUUGUUACUACGGUGGGACUCCAUCGCGAGUUAAUGCCGAAGCACGUUGCAGUCAUCAUGGACGGAAACAGGAGAUGGGCUCGGUCGCGAGGAUUGAUGCCCCAGGCGGGUUACUUGGCCGGUGCCGGAGCAUUGAAGGUCGUGGUGGAUCUGUGUCGUAAGUGGGGAAUCCAAGUUCUUACAGUCUUCGCCUUCUCAUCUGACAACUGGUUAAGACCCAAAGUUGAAGUCGAUUUCUUAAUGAGACUGCUUGAAAGCACAUUAAAAGAUGAAGUUGCUUCUAUGUCGAGGGACGAAAUCCGAGUUUCUGUCAUUGGAGACGUAUCUAAGCUUCCACAAUCAUUACGAGAUUUCAUUACACAUUGUGAGAACACCACGAAGAACAAUUCACGACUCAAUCUUGUUAUAGCGAUUAAUUACAGUGGCAAGUAUGAUAUCGUCCAAGCUUGUCAAAGCAUCUGCCAAAAAGUCAAAGAUGGUGAGGUUGAACCUGAAGAAAUCAAUGAGUUUAUGAUCGAUAAUGAACUUUGUAUGAACUUGAUGCGGUUUCCAGACCCUGAUCUUCUUAUUCGGACAAGUGGGGAGAUUAGAGUGAGCAACUUCUUUUUGUGGCAAUUGGCAUAUACUGAACUAUACUUCACUGAAACCCUUUGGCCGGAUUUUGGAGAAGAUGAACUUCUACGUGCUUUUCAUACUUUUCAACAGAGACGGAGACGAUAUGGGGGAUGAGAUAUUCGUGGGCUAAUGUAAGUAUGUAACACUCAAAACGAAGAUAAUAAAUAUCGAGAUAAUAAUAGUAUUCUAUUGCAAUGGACUAUAC